AUGGAGAUGACAAACCAUACUGGGUAUGGAAAAGAUUAUACGUCCUUUGAAGAACUGCGAUGCCCAACAGAUUUUACAAGCGAUAUUCAUAAACAUCUGAUUUCUUUAUCAGCGGUCAACAUUUUCCUAUCCAUUGCUGCAGUUCUUGGGAAUACUCUGAUAUUCGUCGCUCUUCGGAGAGAAUCUUCCCUCCAUCCGCCGUCGAAGCUUUUGUUUCAUAAUUUGGCGACAACUGAUCUUUGUGUUGGCCUAAUUGCAGAACCUCUCAAUGUUGCCUAUUGGAUGUCUCUGGUUUAUGAAGACUGGGAUGUUUGUAGGUUCUCAGCGUUUGCAUCCUUUAUGGCAGGCUACGUGUUGGCGUCAGUAUCUAUAUUGACGUUGACUGCGAUAGGUGUGGACAGGCUUCUCGCUCUCUUACUGGGGCUAAGGUAUAAACAGGUUGUAACAUUAAAGCGAACAUAUGCAGUUGUAACGACCUUUUGGGUAGUUUCCUGUGUCGUUGCGCUAUUGUAUCUCGCAAGCCACCGUAUUACUGUCUGGUAUGGCCGUAUUACUAUAGUGUUUUGUCUUACGAUCACAGCCGUCUCGUACACUUACAUUUUCCUCAAACUUCGUCGCCGUCAAACUGAAGUUUAUAAGCGUGUGCAGGAAGCACAUCCAAAGUUAACAGUUCCACUUGACAUUGGGCGAUACAGAAAAGCAGCGCAUAGUGCAGUGUGGGUUCAGCUUACAAUGGCUCUCUGUUAUCUUCCAUAUCUCGUUGUGAUGGCAUUACGUAACAACAUAACAAUGUCUUCAUCGUAUUUUCUGGCUUGGGCAGCAUCAGUUUCAUUAGUGUAUUUUAACUCAUCACUUAACCCAUUUCUUUAUUGCUGGAAGAUUGCUGAAGUGAGACAAGUAGUAAAAGAGACAAUUCGCCCAGCGCUUUGUUGCGUGUGCAGUUGUAUCAAUGUCGAUUAA